GUAAAAACACCACAGCUCCGGAAAGUACGUUGUAAAUGUUGGCGUGGAGCCAUAGCAGGCGCAGCCAUCGACUGGCAGCCUGAGCUGAAACAUUUUAAUAAUUCAGGCUACAACUACGAUCAAAGCCAAAAUAUUACGUGGUUAAGUGGUAAUUCGUUUUAUUUUUUGGAAUUGCAAACUGAUACAACGUUGCAUUGUCGUGUGGUUCCGGACAUUAACAUUUGUUUCUUCCGUGUGCUUUAUAAGUGAACACCAAUUUCAUUGUUGUUGACUAGCAACCAGCAAGCUCUGGCAACGGUGUUCUUGUGUAGGUUGCCACACAAGCUCAUUUAAUUCUAACGAGUCGGCUUGUGUUUUUUGGCGGGUUUUAUUGUAUGUCAUAGUACAUAAUGAAUAAAUACACAUAUCAUGGAUGGAUGGGUGUAUUUUGAAUGUGUCAUUCUGGGACAGAGGGGGCGAACAUGAACCCACUCGAUACUAUCCUUGACUAAGAUGUCUUACCUGGAUUCAUCGGAGGUUGCUGAUGAGGAGGAGACUUUCUACUUGCAGUGCAGAGCCGCUUUCCUAAGUGUGUUCAGAUCUAGUCUGACAAAUAUCUCCUCGAAAAAGGAGUUAUGUCGAGUUCUCCAGUUAGCUGGUAGAAAUCCCUCCCAAGCUACUCUUGAUAAAUACUGGAACCCAGGAACAACGCACAUGAACUUUGAUGAUUUCUGUGAGAUCCUGAAAAGAGAGUGGAAAACUGAGAAUGAUCUUAUGGGAAUUUUCAAAAAGCUGGACACAAAUGGCAAUGGCUACAUCACACACAGCCAAGUGGAAAAACUUCUUACAACUGCAGGAGAUAAAAUGACACAUGAAGAGGUGAAAGCCAUUUUCUCACUAAGCGACAUCAACCGGGAUGAUAAAUUUAACUAUGCAGAGUUUUGUCGACAGCUCGUGUCCACUGCAGAGAAAUGUCAGAUGGCCUCUUUGGAGAAGCUCCAGUCUGAUGCCAAGCUGAAGAGACAAAACUUUGGCAGCCAUCCAGACAGCCCUCCAAAAGCCUCCGUGACAUCAGAAUCAUCACCACCUCAGCCUCUGGAAACAACCUGGUCAGAUCCAGAGAUCACACUUCGGAAAGAUAGCCGACCAUCCUCCCGUCCUUCAUCUGCACGCAGUAGACGAUCGUCACUGUCACACUCAGUCACUGCAACAUCCAGCAUCAGCAAGCAGUGGUAUCGCAGUUGCGUGAGGGGAUCUUUUUUCUUGGAAGAAGAUGGCACCAUCAGCUCACUGCAGUACCAGCUGCACCUGCCCCAGACUUCCAAUGUUACACUAAGCAUCCAGCCUAUGAGCCUCGACCAAAGAGCCGAUAAGUCUUCCCCCUGGAUGAAUGUGGACACGGCUCUUUUUGUGAUGUUAGCUGGCGAUACGGAAGAGGAUUCGACACUCUUGUGUUUCACUAGUACAAAGGACAAAGAAAAGUACAUUUGGAGAGGUCAACUGAAAGCUGGGAUGUACUACCUAUUGCCUUUCUCCAGUGGCUGCAGAUUAAAGAAAAUGAAUCGAAAAAAUAUUUCUAGUAGAUCCGUAGAACUUGUCUACAAGACAGACACUGGAAGACUCGACCUCACCAGAGAUUUUCGGGAGGCACUAUCGGAGAUCUUUUAUAUGAUCGACCUGGAUGGGAAUGGUUUGCUCAGUCUUGAGGAAUAUAACUUCUUGGAGCUGAUGAUCAGUGGAGAGGAGUGCAAGAUGGGGACGUGGGCCAUCUGCAAAGAUAAUUUUGACAUGAGAGAGAAUCAACUGACAAAACAGGGCUUCAUGGAGCUGACUCUGAUGGAGGCAACAGACGGCGACACUGAUGAUCUGUGGACCCUUGUCGAGACCAUGGGCUACAACCGUAUGCUGGAACUGGUCGAGGCUUGCCCGUUCCAGAUAGACAUCCUCUGUGAGAGCACACAGCCAUCAGUUCAGCCUCUCAGACUGGACUCUGGGUCCAAGAUUCUGAACCAGGCCUUGCAGAAGUCCAUCACGUUAGAGGGAGCAGUCAAACAACUAAAAGGGCAAGACAAUGUGCUCAUCUACACCUACAGAGGAGAACACAGGGUAUCCUCCCUCAUAGUCAACAAGUCCAACCAGAAAGUGACGGUUCGUAUCAACAACAAACACAACAGCAACUGCUGCAGCAGUAGAGGCCUGAAUGUGUUUGCUAUAGAGGUGCCAGCCAGAACUAAGAUGGUGUGUCAACAUGUCCUGCCCAUCAAUGAAAAACAGGACUGGUCUUACAGCUGUGUGGAGACUUUACUGUCCUCUAAAUAGAGCUGUAUACGGUUUGCUGCUCGUCUAUGCUUGUGACCCUCAAGAGUUUGUUGAAGCACUUGAGAUGAUUGCAAAAAAUAAAAAUAAAAAGAAGUGGCGGCUUGAAUCAAUUAUGCUGCUCCCGAAAAGAUAAGCUUGCAUUUAAGAUAAGAUAAGAAAACCUUUAUUAGUCUCGCAAUGGAGAAAUUCCCAAUUCACAGCAGCAAAGUUAUGAAAGGAAGAAGUAGAACAACAAAAUAUAGGAGCUGCUAGAUUCUCAAGUGCCUUCCUGUCUGUGGUUUAUUUUUAAAAUGUAUUUACCGGUAGUUGACCGUCAUAUAUUCAGGCAAGCUACUUGAGAUCAGAUUCUUAUUUGCAACGGUGAGCUGUCAGGAGACGGCAGAGUAAAACAAUGCCAAAUGAAAGCAAUUACAAAUGCUGUAUAUAGAUAAAUGGUACAUAUCGUUGUCACCAUUCCUUUCUGAUUCUGCACUGCAGUAUCUGCAUUGGGGAGACUAUUGCACUGGCAAUGAAUUGCAUGCCUCUGGUCUGAACUUUACUUGCCCAUGGCCUUUUCAGCUGAGUCUUGACCUGGUAUUUAUAUCUCACAGACCGUUCGUUGCCCUUUGACUUUAUCUGUGGAAACAGUAGAGCCGGCUAACUAAAUGUCAUUUGGCAUAGGAGAUGUAUUUUAUGUCAGUGUCUGCUUUUCUUUUUCCUAAAUGGUUUGCUUUACACCCUGAGCAGUUGGUGCAUAUUAUGUGUUGCUGUAAUUACUGUAAUCACUGCCUAAUCUUUUUCAUUUUAUUUUUUAUGUUUUUUUUCUUUUUGGAAAAUAAUCAAAUCACAAAUGGAAAAUCCAUCAUUUGUUAAUAGAAAGAAGGUUUGGCUUCCCCAUUUCUGUUUAUAAAGUCUUCAUUUUCUCAAUCGGCCUCAUUCGUUUUGUUUCAUGCUGUGCAGAGAAAUGAAAUAAGACUGAUGUUUAACUUUGCUCAGUUCGUGAUGAAUAAACACAAUGCAGCGACAGGAAAA